AAAGAAAAAGAUAUGGUUAGUGUAGUCUAAUUUAGCAAACUAAAACUUUGUUGUGAAGAAAAUAAAGAAUUGAGAUAUGAAAAUGAUGGUUGGUUGAAAAUUCUUGUUCUUUUUUGCAGUGAUGUGACUCGUUUGUUUCGUUUCGUUUCGUUUGUUUUUGAUCAUCAUAUUCCUCAUCGUCAUUUUCGAAUUUGUUCAGAGUGAUUCUUUCCUCUUGUUUAAUAUUUUUUUUUGUUUUGCUGCAACAAAAAUGGCAUCCAAUCAUUUUCAUACUUUAGUUGGAACUUCCGCUGCUCAGAUCAAAAUUGAACAUGAUUUAUAUUUUGAAUCACAAGGUUUUGGUGAAGUAAAUCAAUUGGGUGGUGUAUUUGUAAAUGGUCGACCAUUACCGAAUACAAUUCGUUUGAAAAUUGUUGAAUUAUCACGAAUGGGUGUACGACCAUGUGAUAUUAGUAGGCAAUUACGUGUAUCACAUGGUUGUGUAUCGAAAAUAUUAUCCCGUUUUCAUGAAACUGGUUCCAUUCUACCCGGUACAAUUGGUGGUAGUAAACCACGCGUUACAACACCUAAAGUGGUAUCCUAUAUUAAAGAAUUGAAAAAUAAAGAACCAGGAAUUUUCGCCUGGGAAAUUCGUGAUAAAUUAUUGCAUGAUGGCAUUUGCGAUAAAUUUAAUGUUCCGUCCGUUAGUAGUAUUAGUCGAAUUUUGCGAAAUAAAAUGAAUGCAAAUCACCAUCAUCAAUCAUCAUCGAAUACUGUUAAUGAUGAUAAUGAGCAUCAUCUUCAUACAACAUCAUCAUCAUCCAUUAUUUCUAAUUUAUCGAUUCCAAUCACUGAUAUUUCAUCAACAGCAACAUCGAAUCAACAACAACAACAAUUUACAUCAAAUCCCAAUCAUUCGAUGAUCGAAAGUAAAGAAAAUGUUCGUCAUGUUAUGAAUGCUAUUUAUCAUCAUUCACAUCCGCCUCAGCCGCCACCGCAUCCUUCAUCAUUAUACCAUGGCUAUCAUCCACAUCAUUCACAUCAUCAUCAUUGUUCACAAGCAACAACAUCAUCACAAAUGAUGACAAUCACAACACCCACUAUAAUAACAACAGCAAAUCAUCACAAUCAUCAUUCAUCUUUACAAUCAUCAACAACAGCGGCAGCCGCUGCUGCCGCCGCCGCAGCUGCAGCAGCAGCACAAGCAUUAAUUCAUUCAAAUCAUCAAUUGCAUAAUCAUCAUUCAUCAACGCCAAAUAUACCCGUCGUUACAAUGAAAUCAUCAUCAUCAACAACAACAACGAUUGGUGGUUGGCCAUCAUCACAUUCGGUAACGGAUUUAUUAUCCUCAUCUUCUUCAUCGUCAUCGUCUUCUUCUUCUUCAUCGUCAUCAUCAUCAUCUCCAUCAUCACUAUCACUGGCAUCGAAUAUUGAUGGACAACAUCAACAAAAUCAUCAUCGUCAAUCAUCACCACCGAUUAUCAAUAAUCAAUCAUCUGGUACGAUAUCAACAACCGCAACUGAUACGACAAAUGAAUCGGAAACAAUGGCAGCUGCCGUAGCGGCAGCUCAAAAUCACUAUAUGCAAAAUUAUUAUGUUCAUGCUAUGUAUGUUCAACAACAACAGCAACAGCAACAGCAUCAUCAUCAACAACAUCCACAACAAUAUCAUCAUCCCAUUGCAGCGGCUUUCGAACCACUUUUAAACGUUCCAUCACAUCAUCAUCAUUUGGAUGCAGCAGCACAUCGAUUUUUAUGAUUGAAUUUUUUUCAAUUAAACUUUUGAUUCAUUUUAUUCCAAAAUAUUUUUUUUCAAACAAAAAAAU